GGUAGCCACAUUUGAAGCCAUCAAGAAUUAACCUACUGAAACCUGGAUUUCAUGGACCAGAGUUAAGUGGUUGUAAUUAUGCCGGUAAGAAGGGGCCAUGUGGCGCCCCAGAAUACUUUCUUGGACACCAUCAUUCGGAAGUUCGAGGGUCAGAAUCGUAAAUUCAUCAUCGCCAACGCCCAGGUGGAGAACUGUGCCAUCAUCUUCUGUAGUGAUGCCUUCUGUGGGCUCUGCGGAUAUACCAGGGCAGAGGUGAUGCAGAAGCCCUGCACCUGUAGCUUCUUGUAUGGACCCCUCACCAAAAGACCAGCAGUGGCCCAGAUGACGAAAGCUCUCCUAGGAGCUGAAGAGAGGAAGGUGGAGAUUACACUCUAUACCAAAGAAGGGGUGUGUUUUCACUGUCUAAUAGAUGUGGUUCCUGUGAAGAAUGAAGACGGUCUGGUCAUCAUGUUCAUUCUUAACUUUGAACUUCCCACUGACCGCCGGUCCAUCAACAGCUCUCCAACCAGAGAACUCAACAGAGUACUACGAAUCCCCCGGCUGACUCUGGCUUGCCGUCAGCGCCUCCGUCUCCUGCUUCAGUUCUUCAGACCAGGGGUGGGUGUAAUAUCUCAAGACACUGAGCUUGGUGGCCGACAUGCUAGCCUCCCUCCCCUGGGACACGAGUCAGUGGCCCUGGAAACCCUGCUGUCCUUCCCCGAGAGACAGCAGCUGGACGAAGCAGGACCCGGACUACUCCUGUGGGACAAUGAAGACUUGGAAGAGGAAGGAAGAUGGCUCAGAAGACAAGGGGGAGAGAGGGAAGCCUUUGUGCCUGCUCGGCGACAAAGUGAGGGAGACCGAAAGAAAAGAGAUUAUAAUGUGUUUGACCUGCUGUGCGAAACAAGAGCAUACCCCCGUGCUCCAGCCUCAGCACCACCAACACUGACAGACCUGCCCCUGGCCUCCUCAUGUGCUUGUACGAGGUUAGAUAGCACCUGUGGAAAUUUAAAACUUUCCUCUUCAGUGGAUGACAUCAAGAGUAGCCAACAUUACUGGGAAAAGAGGCUACAGUGUCGACACAGCUGUACAGCUGGAAUAGCAACCAAUAGAAAGAGCAGUGCACCAGCUGGGACAUCAAACACUGACAUAUGGAGGACCAGCAGUCAGCAGAUGACCCACAGUUUACUGGACAAAAAGGCUGAUGCCUUUGUGGCGCUUCCUCCGGGUGAAAUCAGACCUCCGUGCAAAUUGAUGGGCAGAACCCACCAUGUCACUGAGAAAGUAACGCAGGUGCUAUCUCUGGGCGCUGAUGUGUUACCAGAAUACAAGAUGCAGACACCCCGGAUCCAUAAGUGGACCAUCCUUCACUACAGUCCAUUCAAAGCUGUAUGGGACUGGGUCAUUCUGCUGCUUGUGAUUUACACAGCCAUAUUCACUCCUUACUCAGCUACGUUUUUAUUGAGCGACCAAGAGGAAGCAGCCAUGCAAGCAUGUGGUUAUUCUUGUUCCCCUCUCAGUGUGGUUGAUCUCAUCGUGGAUAUCAUGUUCAUCGUUGAUAUCGUAAUCAACUUUCGGACCACUUAUGUUAACUCCAAUGAUGAGGUGGUAAGCCAGUCUUCACGUAUCGCAGUGCACUACUUCAAGGGCUGGUUCCUCAUCGACAUGACGACCACCCUAAUUGGCUUAUUGAAGACAGCUCGGUUACUGCGAUUGGUCCGUGUAGCUCGGAAGUUGGAUCGUUACUCAGAGUAUGGUGCGGCAGUGCUCUUCCUCCUUAUGUGUACCUUCGCACUCAUCGCUCACUGGCUUGCCUGCAUCUGGUACGCCAUAGGAAACGUAGAGCGGUUAACCUCAGCUGGGAUUGGUUGGUUGGACACUCUGGCAGACCAGCUAGGAAGGCCAUACAAUGGCUCCAUCAUGGGAUCAGGUCCCUCCAUACGAGAUAAAUAUGUCACAGCUCUUUAUUUUACAUUCAGUAGCCUGACCAGCGUGGGCUUUGGGAACGUGUCCCCAAACACCAACUCUGAGAAGAUCUUCUCUAUCUGCGUUAUGCUUAUUGGUGCUCUGAUGUAUGCUAGUAUAUUUGGCAAUGUGUCAGCUAUUAUUCAGCGGCUGUACUCUGGUACUGCACGCUACCACACUCAGAUGAUGAGAGUUCGAGAGUUUAUCCGCUUCCAUCAGAUUCCCAACCCUUUGAGACAGCGGCUAGAGGAAUACUUCCAGCAUGCAUGGUCCUACACAAAUGGCAUAGACAUGAAUGCAGUUUUAAAAGGGUUCCCAGAGUGUCUCCAGGCAGAUAUAUGUCUCCACCUCAACAGAUCCCUACUGCAGAACUGUAAAGCAUUCAAAGGAUCAACUAAGGGCUGCUUGAGGGCCCUAGCUAUGAGAUUUAAGACCACUCACGCUCCACCUGGUGAUACUUUAGUACACGCUGGAGACUUGAUAUCAGCCUUAUAUUUCAUCUCAAGAGGAUCGAUCGAGAUUGUGAGAGGAGAUGUGGUGGUUGCUAUUCUUGGAAAGAAUGAUAUAUUUGGGGAGCCAAUCAACCUUUUCGCUCUGCCAGGAAAGUCAAGUGCGGAUGUCAGAGCUCUGACAUACUGCGAUCUACACAAGAUACACACGGAUGAUAUGCUGGAGGUUUUGGACAUGUAUCCAGAAUUUUGUGAAUAUUUCCGGUCCAACUUGGAGAUCACCUUCAACCUCAGAGACGUGAAUAGUGAACCUGCUGCCCUGUUGAGUAGAGAAGACUCUAGAGAAGGCUGCAGCAAACCACGGUGGAAAACGAGACUCUACUCGACUCAUGCAGGUGACACUAGGACACAGAGAGCCGUGUACAGAUGCACUGGAAGACGCGGUAAUGGGGAGCACCAAGAGGAACACAGCAAAGACGAUCAGAAACAUACACUAUAUGGUCCUGUGUUUUCCAGUGAGGACGAAGUAGAAGAUUCUGAACUGGCCAGCCCUGUUCAGAUCUCCAUGGGUGACACUACUACCACAAAGACAAGCAUAUAUCCUGAAACUGACAGGGGAGACAAAGUCUGUAAUUAUCUAACAGAUGCUUUCUCAGGAGUAUCUAACAUCUUCACCUUUUGGGGAUCAGAAGGUCGAAAAGAGCAACGAUACGAAGAGGUCCCGUGCUUGCACAUGCUAACCUCACCUCCUCCGCAGCCUCGCUCAAAUCCGGCUUCUGAGCAGCCUUCUUCCUGCUUCAGUAAUUCCAGCCCUCCUCCUCUUCCCCCUCGUCCCCCUGGUAUCCCUCAGCGACAGAAAAGAGAGCUAGAGAGCAGGCUGGAGUCAAUGCAGAAACAGAUCACCAGGCUGGAGUUACGUAUGUCAGCCGACAUCGGGGUCAUCAUGCAGCUGCUUCAGCGGCAGAUGUCAACAGUCCCACCUUCUUACAGCACAUCACCAUCAACACCCAUCCAGUCACCCACUACUGUGCCCCUCCCAGAGAACCUCACAAAGACAUUAAUCUCCCAACCACAUCUGUCCAAAGGAAAUCUACAGAAGCAACUUUCAAUGUCUCACAUGUUUUCAUGUGAUUCUUCUAUCCCAUUAUUUCCUACCUCCACCCCACUUAUCUCAAAUGCUCAGGUUUGUCCAUAUCAGUCUUUGCUUUCUUCACCCAGCAUACAUCACAACGACUCCAUUUCACAUAUUUCCGCCGACAAUGAGUCAUCCUCUAUUGCCCUCACCCAGUCUGGUGGAGAUCGAUUGGCUUCACCCUCUAAGUCAUUCUCCAUGCUCUCACCCCUCACCCUCACAAGUACUCAGUCUCCAGAGAUAGUCCAACCAGAUCUUCAUAUCAGGACACCAAUGGGACCAUCGCAAUUUCAGGAUGGGGCAACGGAAGGCGACCGAUCAUGCCAGAACCAAACCCUGCUUCUUUGUCCUCCCGCCAUCAAUCAAUCAGUCUCUGAUUCAGAUGCAACAUCAACCGAUCCACAGCAAUAACAACAUCCACCAUAAUGACACUUCCCCGUGGAGAGCAGUAUCAUUACAAGCCAAUCGCUAAUCCAGCAUAAAGGUUACACCUAAAACGCUGACAAAAGCGGAGUGUUUGGCUCUGAUGGUUGUAAUAUGUGUGUAAAAUGUAGUAACAACUGCUAAACACAAGUUACUAUAGACUUGUGAUAAAGCCCCAAGUACCAGACUGCCCAAGUACAAAAGAUCAGCUCACAGAGCGACGGGGCAAACAAAAAAACGCUAGAAGCUCGAAGUUAGAGCUGGAGCUAACAUAAAAAGUCACCAUGGGAGGUGGAAACAGUAAUAUGUGUCCAAACAGGAGACUGAUCCAGGAAACAGGUAAAAGUGCUUUUGGAGAUGCAAAGAAAUGAACCACCAACUAGCAGAAGCCCCGGUUGGACUAAAUAAUACUCUAAUUACGAAUAAUAGACAGGUGCGCCCACAGGUCCUACUAACAAAUGCAAAGGUACUGUAUAAGGUGCUAGACAGGAAACAGAAAAACAAAAAUAAAACGCACCAAAAAGGAUAUAAUGGCAAAACAAAAACAAAAAAAAACAAGAUGUCAUGUGGACUAUAACAUACAUUUUAAACAUAUUUACACUUCUAAAAACAAGAAAUGUUGAAAUCAUUUUAAAUUUUCAAAGCCAUGUGUGUGUGCAUUAUCAUAUAUGCGUCUGUUUCACUCAGUCAUGAGCGCAUCUCAUGUACACGCUUAAAGGAAUGUCCUUUUUUACGUGCGUAGGACUGCGCUACAUGAAUGUUGCCUGAAUGGAUGCACAGUUACUUGUUAGUGACUCUCCACAUCAAGAAAGCUAAAUCACCGCUUGUGGUCAAUAGAUGGUAGACUGUAGGCAUGAGCGAGUACACCACUAUCUGUAUCUGUACGUGUUUACCCAUCUAAAUUAUCUGCAUCCGUAUCUGUACUCGAGGUGGGCGGGUUAUAAACCGUAAGUGGCCGUGGUUUAAUGGGGUGGUGGUGAUAAUGGGUGGGACUUAAAUCUGGACAUUAUUUUAAGUCUGAAACUGACAUGGACUGAUCACAGGCUGCAAUAUUUAUUGUUUAUUAUUCAGCUAUCUGUGUACUCUGUAUGUGUGUAAAUGAUCUGUAAGACUUUAUUAUUUAAUGAUUUUUUAAUGAUCUGUGUGAAGUUGAUGAUUCAUGCAAAUAUCCAGUGAUGGCAAACACGGAAAUAAUCUGUCAGCCUUGUUCACUGUAGUUUUCUCAAAAGCACCGCAUUCAGUACCAUGAGCAAAGUUUCCCAACUGACUGUAUAUCAUCUGCCAAAUUAGAAGCAAGUAGACAAAAAGCACCAGCAGUGACCAACACAACACGAGCCGUUUACAGCUCUUGUCAAAUGCACCACAUACGUAACGAAACAAGUUUACAAAGUAACUUUAGAUACAAGCUGAGCUAAGGAAAAGCUAAAAAAAAAAAAAAAACAUCCGGAGUGGAGGCAGUGACCAACGCGACAGGAGCCGUUUUCAAAUCUGUCUUGUCAAAUGUACCACCUAUGUAACGAAACAAGGUACAGCUCCUCUCUCUGGCUGGAGCGAGUCUGUCCAGGGAGGGGCGGUCGCUGUGUGUGACUUGCCAGUCACAGAGCAUUAAGAGUGAAUACAUAAGUGUUUUCCUUCAUUCUGAUUUGGGAUAAUGACAAGGUGUAUUCGUUUCAUGCUCGUAUGUUGCUGAAUCGAGUAUCCGGCACAUCCCUAUUAGACUGUAAUAAAAAAAUUUGUUUGCAUGCAGAGAUUGUGUAUGUAUAUUGUGGCAAACACGAGAGGGCAUGCCUUUCACCCAUUUGGCUGUUGGGUUGGGGGUGUAGUUUGAGAACUAACAGCCGAAUGGGUAAAAGGCAUGCCACAAUAUAAGCAAAUCAACAGUCCCAUUCUGUGAUGUUAGAAUAUGUAUCUAUAUAUGUAUAUAUGUAUAUAUGUACACUUAACAAAAAUAUAAGCACAACACUUUUGUUUUUGCACCCAUUUUUCAUGAGCUGAAGUCAAAGAUGUAAAACUUUUUCUAUGUACACAAAAGGCCUAUCUCAAAUAUUGUUCACAAAUUUGUUUUAAAUCUCUGUUAGUGAGCUUUCGAUCCAUCCACCUCACAGGUGUGGGAUAUCAAGGUGCUGAUGAAACAGCAUGAUUAUUGCACAGGUGUUCCUUCUGUUCGCCACAAUAAAAGACUACUCCAAAAUGUGCAGUUUAACUCUAUUGGAGGUGGUCCAGGGGGGUCCUGCCCAUACCAUAACUCCAUUGCCACCAUGGACCAAUCCAUCCACAACACAGGGGCAUUUUACUGUAUUGAUGGCAUUUUGGUUGCAUAGCCAUUGUUGUGUCUUUCACCUACAAGCAUCACCUCAUAUUUCAGCAUGAUAAUGCACGGCCCCAUUUUGCAAGGAUCUGUACACAAUUCCUGGAAGCUGAAAAGAUGCCAGUACUUGCAUGGCCAGGGUACUCACCUGAUCAGUGUAUACAGUAUUUGAGGCAAAUGGUGAUCACAGCAGAUACUGACUGUUUUUCAGACAUCCGUGGACCACCCCCAAUACAGUUAAACUUCCAUUUUGGAGUGACCUUUGGCCAACGUAAAGCACGCCUGUGAAAUAAUCUCAGUCUCAGCAUCUUGAUAUACCAUACCUGUGAGGUGAAUAGAUUAUGAAUGAUGAAUGCUCACUAACACAUAUUUCUUAAUAAUAUUGGAGAGAGAUAAGCCUUUGUGUACAUAGAAAAUGUUUGAGAUAUUUGAGUUCAACUUAUGAAAACCGGGAGCAAAAACAAAAGUGUUGUGUUUAUGUUUUUGUUGAGUGUAUGUGUAUGUGUGUAUCUAUGUACAGUAUGUACUAUAUGUACAGUGUCCUACAGAAGUAUUGGAACAGUGAGGUAAAUUCUUUUAUUUCUGCUGUAGACUUGAAAUACUUGGGUUUGGCAUUCAAAGAUUAGGCAAUCAAUAAAUAGCACUGAAAGUCUACACUCACUUUCGGAUUGGGUAGGAUAGGUUUUGCCUGUGUUGACUGCAUUUUAGAGUUGAAAACAACAUGAAAACCAGAGAACUGUCAAUGGGUGAAAAACUAGUCUACACAUGCAAAACCUAUCCUACUCGAUCUGAAACUGAGUGUAGACAUUGAGUGCUAUUUACUGAUUGAAUAAGUAAUGUAAUAGGACACACCUAGCAACAAAACACACCUGUCAGUCCCAUGUUCCAGUACUGAAAAAUGGGUUGGCGUAAACAAAAGGUUCUAGCUUCUAAACAGUGCAUGUCAUCCAGAUGUGUAUACCAGGAAAUAAAAGCUGAAAUGUUGCUGUGUAGUCUCAUAUUCAUUUUAUUUUUUAUGUAUGUGUGUAUCUCUGUACAGUACGUAUACUGUUCCAUAAUUUUACUCCACAUACUGAUACACUAAAAGUUCAUUAUGCAGGCAUAAAGAUUUCAUUUAAUUUUUUUCCUGAAAUCGUGUUUCCAUCUCUUGUUGGAAGAAAUUGUUGAGGAUGUACCUGAUCAGUCUAUUUCAAUAUUUUGGUGUUUCACCAAUACUAUACUUUGUCCUAAUUGUCCUGUUUUUGCAAUAUGAAUAUGGUUUGAUGCUCGCUUAUGUAGUUAAUUCCCCAAUUUGUUUUCAUGCAGUCUGUCAGCAUUUACACAGUCUGUAUUUGUAUUAGAAUAUUUUUUCUGCAAUUACCUAAUGUUAUUUUGGUUAUUUUUCACUUCAGUGAUGGGUCUGUUUUUAUCAAAGCACCUUUUAAAUCUCUUCAUUUCCACUGGGAUUGUUUUGCUCCUGUACGUUCUCCACAAAACAAACUGAGGUAGUUUCAUCUGCAAAUACUACAAACUUUAAGUCAUUGGAUACCUUCCAGAUCUCAUUUAUAGAAUAAACAGUGUUAGUCCUUUUCUUGACACCUGCGGUACGCUGCAGGUCAUGUCCAAUGAGGAGUGAGUUCUCUCAACACACUUUUGUAAAAGCCACCCAAUUGAAACUCGCUCCCCUGAUGCAAUUCUAAUUUACUAAUUUACUACUUUCUAAUUUACAUCAGAUUGGAAUACACAUUGCUGAUGUACAUUAAUGGGUUGGAAAUUCUUGUGUAUUGUCUCAAUGGACAACUUUUAUCAUGUAAAUCCCUUCAUAAGUUUCAUAAGCUUUGUCAACAUCAUUUCAGUUCACACAUAUCCCCAAUACAGUAAUCCCUCGUUUACUGCAGUUAAUUGGUUGCCAGACCGUGAUAAAUGAAUGGCCACAAAGUAGGAUUCCUGAUUGGAAUUGGAAUAUUCCUAAUGGAAUAUUUUUGUAGUUAGAGCAUAGAAAACCUGUUUACAACCUUCUAAAUACGGUUUUUAACAUUAUUAGUGCCCUCUAGACAUGAAAUAGCACCCUCACCUCCUAUUACCCAGUAUAGUAGUGUGUGUUGUUGUAAAUGUGUUACAACAGGAAGUAACGUGAGGGGUUCAGAGUUGAGUUUUAGCUUGAAGCGGAUUUGACCACAACAGUCACCCGUGUUAUUAUUAUGAUUAUGAUUACUAUCGGAGAUUUUUUCAUUCAAAUCAAUACCAAUAACUUUCUACUUCUCAAGAUAGAUACCGAUAAUUUAUAUAUUUUAUUUAAAAUAUUGACUUAAUUGUAAUUUGUGCUGAAAAUAAGACAUAAAAUAAUAUAAUAAUAUAGACUAAUUUUAGCAUUAAGAGAGUUCCUUGUUCCUUUUCUUACUUCCUGUUCUGUAUAGUACUUCCUUGGGUGGCUAUUAUGUCAUCAAUAUAACAUUACUGACACCUAGUGACCAGUGUAGAAUACUAUGUUUUUGCAUCUUCUGAAUGCCUUAUAUUUGUAUUAUUAUAAUAUACUUGAUUUAGUCAUUUUAUGCUUGAAAAUGUUUAGUUUACGCAAAAAAAAAGAUGUAAAACUUGCUUAAAUAUACUUUUUUUUUUUUUUUACUAAUAAUUGGCCGUAUUCAACCAGGAAACUGAUUUAUUCAUUCAUAGAUUUUUCAAAAACCGUGAUAGAGUGAAGCCGCAAAAUUCCAAGCACGAAGGGGCGAGGGAUUACUGUAUUAGUCCAUUUUUAGAGCACGGAUACUUUUCUUAUUUCUCCAAGUCUUUUUGUUAUCCGUCUGUCCCUUUCGUUACUUUGUAUUGUAAAUUGUAAUAACUGGUCAAUAAUGUCAUUAAUUAACAGAAUACUUACUGUGUUGUUUUCACAAUCGUUGGUGAAGUUAU